AUGUACCCUUUCUCAUUAUCAGACUGUAAAUCUUGAAUUGUGCAAUCAUUUUGCUUUUCUAUCCAUGGUUUGAAUCUUCAAAAUACAUCUGCGACUUUUUAGACUUGAGAAAGUAAAUCUAGCACAUUUGAGCGAAAUCAUCAAUAAAGAUGAUAUAAUAUUUACUCUCCUUAAGUGAAGGAGUCCUUUAAGGUCCAACCAAAUCUGUGUGAAUUAGCUAUAAUUGCUCUGUCCAGAUUGCUUGUUUAAAUGGUAAUCUGAUAGACAUUCACAACUUAGUAACUUAGAAUCCAUAUGAGGUAAGCCAUAAGCCAAUUCCUUUCGUUACAAAUUCAGGCACAACUGCAUGAUGAAAAUGACCCAAUCUCUUAUGCCAAAUUUUUGCACUAUCUAUCGUAGCUGGAUAAGAAAUUUUCUCUCCAUUCAUUGGAUCAAAUGACAAACUUGAUCCUCUCAUUUUGAUACUAAAAAUGCCUUUGUCAUUAAAGAUGACUUCAAAUCCUUUCUCAACUACUUGACCAACACUUACCAAGUUUUGAUCAAUCUCAUCUACAUACAAAACAUCAUGAAUUAAUUUUGUACUUGCACAACUUUCAAUGGCUACAUUGCCCUUUCCUUCAAUAACAAUCAAAUCAUCAUUGCCAAUUCCAACUUUUGAUACCUAUGAUCCAUCCAACUCUUUAAAAAAAAUUUCAUCCUGAGUCAUGUGGUUGGUACAACCACCAGCCAUUAACCACAUUCACUUGAGUUGCUGCUUGAGAAACAUGCUGCUACAAAUAAUAUUGUUUCUCCUCUUGUUUGAUCUGCAACUUGAACCACAUCCUUUGGUUGAAUAUUGCUUUUGUAGAUUCAAACAUGAUGUCCUAACUUGUUGUACUUUCACGCUUAACAUUAGGUCUUCUCCAACAUUUGAAAGGAGGAUGACCCUAUUAGCCACAAUGCUUACAAGGAGGAAAUCUUUUUGUUUUUGUGUCCAUUAUUGUUGCCGGUUGCAUCUCUUGUGUGCUAAAGUUCUUCCUCUUGUAUUUCUUCCACUUGUUUUUCUCUCUUUGGUUAAGUUGCAAUUUUGUCUGCAAUGCUCGUUCCACAUAAUCCUCGUCUCUUAUUAUCCUUCUUUGUUCUUGGAUUUGCAAAGCAUUUUGACAGAUCCUUUGUGUUCUCCAAGAAAAUAAUAGUCACCAAUACUUUCUCAACAAUUUGUGAAUUGAAAAAUUAAAAGCCAAGCAAUCUUAAUCUGUUAGCAAUGCCACAAAGUUUAUUAGCAUACUCUUUAUAGUUUCAGACUCCUUCAUUUUCUACAACUCAAGUUCUGGAAUCAAAUUUAGGGAUUGCAUUCCCUUAAUUCUAUCAUCUCCUUCGUAUUCAUCCUUCAAAAAAAAAAAUCAGAUUUUAAAUGCUGAAUGAAUUAUAAUAAUUCUCGUGAAAAUGUCUUUCAAUACCACAGCCAACAAAGAGGCUUUUGCCUUUGACUUUCUUCCUUUCUUCUCCUUGUGAUUUUUCAUCUGCGCUAAUGUUGGAUUUUCUGGUUAGGGAGAAACUUCGUAGUCCUUUUCAACAGCUUCCCAGACAUCAUUGAACUCUAUAUGUGCCUUCAUUCUUAUUGUUCAGAUAUAAAAAUAAGCAUACAGGGUGCUAGUGCUGUGUUUGGUGUUUCAUAAUCCUUUUAAUUAUAUUAAUUAAUUGAAGCAAGAUGUUUUGGUCUUUUUGUGCAGAGUUACACUCACAGGUCCUCUAAGACUCUUGAUACCAAUUUGUUGGUAAAAGACACUUUAAACACUUAAAGGAGGAAAGAUAAUAAUCUUAUUUAAAUAAUCUUGUAACAUAAGCACAAUAACAAGUUGUAACAACUUCCUAAAUAUAAUUAAAUUAAAAUAAAUAACUUGGUACCUCGUGCACACGUUCAACACAGUGACAUUCUAAGUCACUCUGCGAUCUUCUAUAAUCUACUUCAGUCUUUCGUGUCUUCACAGAAUGAGAUAUUUUCACCAACCAUGUGAAUAUCUUUCUUCUUACCUUAGCUUCCACCUUAUCCGCUUCAUCCAGUGAAGAAGAUAAGGGUUGAUAUGGAAACAUCGCUGAUCUCUUUACAUCAAUUUUUCCGAAGAAAUCCCUCGUUGUAAUAUACUUGAUUGAGUCCUUCACCAUGUCUACAAGCCCCCCUCCUAUGCUUUUCUCCACAGCCACCACAGACAACAGCCACCAAAGCCAACAAUUGAGCCACACACACCUCAUCCACCUGUUGAACCAACACACCUCUAUGCCUCAACUCAAGCAAAUUCACGCGCAAACGCUACGAACAGUUGACACCAACCACCCACAAGCUCUUUUUCUCUAUGCAAGAAUUCUUCUUUACUCCUCUCUGGCUGAUCUCAACUACGCCACUCGUGUCUUUCACCACUUUUCGCACCCCAAUUCUUUCAUGUGGAACACCCUCAUAAGAGCCUACGCUCGAAGCACCAAUACCAACCACAAACACAAGGCCAUGGAGCUUUACAAAGCAAUGGUGACGGGGAAAGAGAAUACCGCAGUUCCCGAUAACCACACGUUCCCUUUUGUUCUGAAGGCUUGCGCUUACACGUUUUCUAUUUGUGAGGGGAAACAGGUGCAUGCGCACGCUUUGAAACAUGGGUUUGAGUUAGACACACACGUUUGUAACAGUUUGAUUCAUUUUUAUGCGACAUGUGGUCGCUUAGAUUCGGCAGAGAAAAUAUUUUAUAAGAUGAAUGAGAGAAGCGAGGUUUCCUGGAAUAUCAUGAUUGAUUCUUACGCAAAGGGUGCAAAGUUUGACACUGCUUUGAAGAUGUUUGGAGAGAUGCAGAAGGAGCAUGACCCUGAUGGGUAUACUAUGCAGAGUGUUUUCAGUGCUUGUGCUGGUUUGGGUUCUUUAUCUUUGGGUUUGUGGGCACAUGCUUAUAUUUUGAAAAAGUGUGACAAGAAUAUUGUGGAUGAUGUUUUGGUCAACACUGGUUUGGUGGAUAUGUAUUGCAAAUGUGGGGAGUUGGAAAUUGCAAAGCAAGUGUUUGAAAGCAUGCCUGCUAGAGAUGUAAAUUCAUGGAAUUCAAUUAUCAUGGGUUUUGCAAUGCAUGGUAAGGCUGAAGCUGCGUUGGACUAUUAUGUCAGAAUGGUCAAGUUAGAGAAAAUUGUUCCCAAUUCAAUCACUUUUGUUGGUGUUUUAUCUGCAUGUAACCAUAGAGGAAUGGUAGACGAGGGCAUUGUUCAUUUUGACAUGAUGAAUAAGGAGUACAAUGUGGAUACAAGAUUAGAGCAUUACGGUUGUCUUGUUGACCUUUUCGCUCGAGCUGGGCGCAUCGAUGAGGCUCUAAAAGUGGUCUCAGAAAUGCCAAUCAAACCAGAUGGUGUAAUUUGGAGGAGUCUUUUGGAUGCUUGUUGCAAGCAACACGCAAGUGUUGAGCUAAGUGAAGAAAUGGUAAAGCAAAUAUUUGAGUCAACGGGGAGUGUGUGUAGUGGUGUUUAUGUGCUUUUGUCAAAAGUAUAUGCUUCAGCUUGUAGGUGGAAUGAUGUAGGGUUGCUUAGAAAACUAAUGAGUGAUAAGGGUGUGACUAAAGAACCUGGCUGCAGCUUAAUAGAGAUAGAUGGAACGGUUCAUGAAUUUUUUGCAGGGGACACCACUCAUCCACAGAGUGAAAAUAUAUAUAAGUUUGUGAGUGAAAUCGAUGACAAGUUACAAUCAAUAGGUUAUUUACCCGACUACUCAGGAGCAACUAUGGUUGAUGAGGCUAACGAUGGUAAACAGAAUACUCUAAGAUUGCAUAGUGAGAGACUUGCCAUAGCAUUUGGAAUCUUGAACUCAAGACCAGGCAUUCCAAUUAGAGUGUUCAAGAAUCUUAGGGUGUGCAAUGAUUGCCACAGGGUUACCAAGUUGAUCUCCAGAAUAUAUAAUGUGGAGAUAAUUGUAAGAGAUCGAGCCCGAUUCCAUCACUUUAAAGACGGAACUUGUUCUUGUAUGGAUUAUUGGUGAUUCAUGCUGGUGUUCAAGGUAAUAUGUAUAUUUGAAAAUCACAUUCUAGAAAAAGAAGGAUUGAAUUCAUUCUUUAAACAGUCCUUAUGUUAACAAAGAAGGAUUGAUUUAUUCAACAAAUAUCUCUUCAUAUAUACGAAUGUUAUGAUUGAAUCUCUGAACAAAUGUCUAAAAGACAUUAUUAUAUAUCAACAUAUCACUCCAUGUUAGUUUAUUAAACUAUUAGUAUUUGUAUGCAUCUUUCUUCUUCAAGAUUCUUAUCUUUCGGCGGGGAAAUUGUAACAUCUCCAAGAAUGAUUCAAAGCAAAAGCCUCAGUAACAGGACUAAAUGGAACACACGUACUAG